AUGGCCUCAAGUUUCUCUCCGUCUGGCCAUUUUCCGCAGCGUCGCCGUGUUACCCAAGCCUGCGUUAAUUGUCGAUUGCGCAAGACACGUUGUGACGCUGCUCAGCCGAAAUGCAGCCUCUGCACCACACAGAAUGUCGACUGCGUCUAUCGAGAUGCUCAGCAGCUGCGCAUCGAUCACAACACCAAAGUCUUGUUAGACCGUCUUGAGAUAUUGGAGGAGCGAGUUCUCUCCUCGUUGCCGUCAAAUACACCCACAGAGUCGGCCGCGGACCGGCAAGAUGGGUCAGGAGAACCGGCUUCGUUUGACUUACAGAUUCCCAUCUCACACACUGCAAAUGCAAAUCAUGUCUUUUCAUGGCCUAUUGUUCGUGAGCUUCUGUCUGAGUCGCUGGAUUGGAGAUCAGGCGAUGCAACGGACGUCUUCUUUGAACACAGCUCCUACGAUUCACCAAUCUCCCACCCUCCGGAGACAUGGAGGCUAUCUCAAAACCAGCAACUUCCCUUGGCAGCAGCUCAAUAUCAUGCAUUGCUUCAAGAGUAUUUCCUCAAGGUCAACGUGUUCUUCCCUUUGCUAUUAAUGGACGAAUGUGCCGUACUUCUUGAUAGAACUUUAUCGUCCGAGCUGAGGACUGGUGAGGAACUUGAGGUGUCGACUGCCCAAUAUGCAUUGGUCUUAAUGAUUCUUUGCUUGGCCAUGUUAGUCACAGACGAAGAAAUUCGUACCAUCAUUCCGGUUGAUACAGAAUCGAGUCACAGCGAAACAUCGCUCACUCAGAAAGACCAGAUGCACUCUCAGCUGUGGAAUAAAGCAAAGUUAUGUCUUGGAUGGCUCAGCUCAGAUAUAUCAAUUCCGGCAGCACAAUGUGCAAUGCUUGCUACCAUUUACAUGGGCGCAACAGGGAAUGUUGCUGAAUCCUUCUUCUGGGCUCACUCAACGGCCGUCAAAGUCGAAACAAUCGCACGAUCAAUCUCACGGAAAGGCGAGGCUGCUCCAGAUUCAUUCCGUCGACUUUACUGGAUUUCUUUCAUUUAUGAGGCGGAUUUUGUGUCAGAGAUAUCAAUCACAUUGCCAUCUGGUAUUGCCAGAUAUGAGGAUGCAGUGCCAUAUCCAGACUUUAGCAUUCAGCAUCCUCAGUUAAGCCCGGACCAUGCAGCAACAUCACCUCCCGCUUAUCGAUCGCAAGAAGAGUUAUUCGGAUUCCAGAUAUCGACUAAUGCCGCAAUCCGGAGAUUUCUUAAUCGAGUUAACAGUGUCGUUUACGAUUACAAGGAGCAGUUUCGCACCACUCGAGUCAACUACGCCUCCUGGCUACUCAGAAUUUCAGACGACUUGUGGUCGCAUCAUGAAGCAAUUUAUCAGAACCUGCCCGAUAUCUUACUUAGGAGCCAACCCCAGUUGCCUUCCAUCAACAGCUUUUUCACUCACAUGGACGACGGAAUACCUUCGCAGAACAGGCCGUGGAAUGUCAUCCGAUUGAGAGGACGGUACUACGCUGGGCAGUACAUAAUUCACCGGCCAUUUGUCGAAUUCGCAUUGCUCAACAUUGCCAAUUUGGAUUCACACCCAUACAAGGCCGACGUCUUGAAAAAGGCAAAAAUGUGUCUGGAUGGAUGUCAAGGGUUCGUUGAGUUGUUCGGGGCUCAGCCAGCAAACAGCAUAACUAGCUUAUUUGCAACGGGGAUGGCUGUUUUCACCAUGACGUUGAUACUGAUGGUAUCUUCUGUCUGCUCAAUCUUCCGAGAUAUCUUACCAGCCUCGUUAGAGGCUAGUAUCGCUUUGGGUCAAGAGAUCUUGGCUCGGUUCAGCGGGAAUAUCAAGGAGCUCAAGUGGCAUCUUAACAUCCUUCAGAGAGUUGAUGUGGUAAGGAAUUCCAGGCUGUGA